UCUUCCCUCCCGUUCCGUCCGCGUCGACGCCGGUACACCACCCCGAGACCCGAGUCAUCGACCAGCCACACCAGUGACGCACCUGUCCGCAUUGCGGUUGCGGCACCCUUCCUGCAGAGUCCUCUAUAGAAGCGCCUCCACGAGACCACGAGUCCACGACUGUCCUCCUCGGUCCUCGCACAAACGUUCCAGGAGUACAAGCACCACCUCCGCCGACUCGCCGGGGAGAGGGGGACGGAGCGAUGGACCAGACGGUGUCGGCACUGCACAAGCGGAUGGAGACGCUGUCGCUGCAGGCGAGCGCUCUGCGGGACGCCUUGCAGCGGAGCGAGGAGAACACGGACAGCGCGGUCGCCGCCCUCGACUCGUUCGACCACCACAUCUCCGCGAUCGAGGCCUCCAUCCGUCCCGCCCAGGUGAGGGCGCAGGCCAUCACGAUGGCGAACGAGAACAUCGACAGGACCAUCGAGACCGCCGAGGCCAUCCUCGCGCAGUUCGAGAUCAUCCGCCGGGCUGAAGCUGUGAUAGUGAGGGGUCCACGUGCGGAUCUGAAGAGCUUCCUGGAAGCUAUGGCUCUGCUGAAAGGCGUCAUCCACUUCUUUUCCUCAAAUAAGAAGUUUACGAGUUGUGAAGGAGUACUGAAUCAAGUUAACAACCUCUUAACCAAGUCAAAGCUGAAGAUUGAGGAGGAAUUCAGGCAGUUAAUGAGCACUUACAGCAAAGCUAGUGAGCCCGCACAUCUAUUUGAUUGCUUUCCAAACCCGCUAUUGGCAUCAGAAGGGAACUCUAGAGCAGUUGGAGAGCAACUAUCCAAAAGCUUUGAAAGUGCUACAUACAGGACUCCAACACUAAUUCCCCCAAGAAUAUUACCACUUCUGCAUGAUAUAGCUCAUCAGUUGGUUCAGGAUGGAAAUCAACAGCUGUGCUAUAGAAUAUACAGAGAUGCUCGCAGCUCAGCAUUAGAACUGAGUCUUCAAAAACUGGGCAUAGAAAAGCUAACUAAACGUAGCAUGCAGCCGUGGCUGGCCUCAGGAACCUGGAUUCAGAUUAUGCACGUUACAGUUAAAGUAUUACUGGCUGGAGAAAGAAAAAUUUGUAAUCAGAUUUUCGAUGGUAUCACUUUCAACAAGGAUCAAUGUUUUGCUGAAGUGACAGGAAGCAGUGUUAUGACUCUUCUCAGCUUUGGUGAUGUUAUUGCUAAAAGUAAAAGAUCUCAUGAAAAUUUGUUUGUACUGCUGGAGAUGUAUGGAUUAAUGCAUGGACUUAGGUCAGAGAUUGAAGUGACAUUUCAAGGAAAGUUUUGCUCUGGGAUGCGGGAGGCUGCAUUAAGCCUGACUAAGAGCUUGGCGCAAGCUGUACAAGAAACUCUGGUUGAUUUUGAGGUGGCAGUUGAAAAGAAUAAUUCAAAGACUACCGUACAGAAUGGAAAUCUUCAUCCUUUUACAAUCGAAGUGAUUAAUUAUGUAAAAGGCCUAUUUGAUUACCAAUCAACACUGAAAAUACUAUUUCAGCAAUCUGAAAGUGACAGUGAGACUGAAUCUGAACUUGCAACUGUAAUCAUGAAGAUUAUGCAGGCCCUUCAGAAUAACUUGAAUGGGAAAGCUAAGCAGUACAAGGAUCCUGCAUUGUAUCACAUAUUUCUUAUGAACAACCUUCACUAUAUGGUUACGUCUGUUAGCAAAUCAGAAUCCAAAGAUAUACUCGGUGGUGACUGGAUUCAGAGACACCGUAAGAUUGUGCAGCAAAACGCUAAUCAGUACAAGAGGGUAGCAUGGGCAAAGAUUUUCCAGACACUCUCCAUCCAAGUUUCAGGUGGCAAUAGUUCGUCAUCACCAUGUGAUGUUAGCAAAACUGGAGUUUCAAGGACUAUGAUCAAAGAACGGUUCAAGUCCUUCAAUAUACAAUUUGAAGAGCUUCAUUCAAAGCAGUCUCAAUGGACUAUACCUGAUCAGGAAUUGCGAGAUGAACUGAGGCUUGCCGUGGCUGAAAUUCUCUUGCCAGCAUAUAUGUCUUUCAUUAGCCGUUUUGGGAAUCUUGUUCAACGUUCGAAGAACCCUCACAAGUACAUCAAAUACACACAAGAAGAAUUGGAUCAAUUGUUGGGUCAGUUCUUCCAAGGACAGUAAGUUGGUGAACAGAAGCUGUUAAAACAGAGUAGUAUAGAGAGGAAAAUGGCUUGUCUAAGUAAAGUUUUGUACCACAGCUUAUGUCAAAUGUUUCUACAGAAGAACUGCGUACCUUUUUGUUUGCAUCGCCCGAAAAAUGGCACUGAACUACUGAUGUAGCCUAUAACUAUGGCUCCUCUGCAACAGCCAACACCUGUAUCGCGAAGGUCUCACGCUCUUUCAUUACUUGGCUGAUUACCCUUUCAUGUUAACGUUUGAGAAGACAUCUGUGACA